AUGUCUUUCUUCGUGCACGCUUUUGACUGUCGUCUCGCCAAGAUGAAAAACAAGGCCACGGCCUACCAUCUGGGCCAGCUGCGUGCGAAGCUCGCCAAGCUGAAGCGUGAGCUUAUUACGCCGAGUGGCGGCGGUGGCGGCGGCGGCGGCAUUGGGUUCGAUGUGGCGCGCACGGGUAUUGCGAGUGUGGGCUUCGUCGGCUUCCCGUCCGUCGGCAAGUCGACGCUCAUGUCAGGCCUCACCGGCACGACCUCUGAGGCGGCGGCAUACGAGUUCACGACACUGACGACGGUGCCAGGCACGAUGACCGUGCGUGGGGCCAAGAUCCAGAUCCUCGAUCUGCCGGGUAUUAUCGAGGGAGCGAAGGACGGCAAGGGUCGUGGUCGCCAGGUGAUUGCGGUGGCGCGCACCUGCAAUCUGAUCUUUAUCGUGCUGGACGUGGGCAAACCGCUGCACGACAAGCAGAUCCUGGAGGCGGAGCUGGAGGGCUUUGGCAUCCGGCUGAACAAGAAGCCGCCGAAUGUGAUUGUGAAGAAGAAGGACAAGGGUGGCCUGGCCAUCACCAACACUGUGCCGCUGACCAAGCUGGACCACGAUGAGAUCAAGGCUGUCAUGUCCGAGUACCGCAUCUCGAAUGCGGACAUCGCGUUCCGCGAGGACGUGUCCGUGGAGGAGCUGAUCGAUGUGAUCGAAGGCAACCGCAUUUAUAUCCCGUGCAUCUACGUGCUGAACAAAAUUGACUCGAUCUCGAUUGAGGAGCUCGACCUGCUGUACAAGAUCCCCAACUCGGUGCCCAUCUCGUCGCGCAUGUGGCUGAACGUUGACGAGCUCGUCGACAAGAUGUGGGAGGAGCUCGAUCUUGUGCGCGUAUAUACGAAGCCGCGCAAGAGCCCGCCCGACUACACGUCGCCGGUCGUGCUGCGCCGCGGCAAGUGCACCGUCGAGGACUUUUGCAAUGCGAUCCACCGCGAAAUCUUCAAGCAGUUCAAGUGUGCGGUGGUGUGGGGCACCUCGGCGAAGCACCCCCGUGGCCAGCGCGUGGGCGGCGACCACGUUUUGGAAGACGAAGACUGCGUUACGAUCUUCAAGCGAUAG